AUGGAUAAAUUUUUGACUAAAAGACCAAGAAGCAACGAGUCAAGCGUUAAAGAUGAUAAUGCGACCACAUCUUCAAGUCCGAAACGAGCAAGAGUUGAGUUUGAUCCAAAUAAUUUAGUUGCGGAUCCUGGGCUUCGAAUGACAAUUGAGAAAUAUGAUGUCAACAUUAAAGACGAGGUAAGACGAUUUUAUGUAUCAAAAGGUCCAUGUCAACCGAGGACUCACAACUUUCCUAAGAAGAAAUAUGGGAACCAAUAUAGGUGUUUCAAUCCUUCAUGGUUUGAUUCUUUUCCAUGGUUGGAAUAUAGUGUGGAGAAAGAUUCGACAUUUUGCUUGUGGUGUUAUUUGUUUAAACCAACAACUUAUGGAUUGCAAAGUGGGAGGGAUAUAUUUUCCAAAAUGGGGUAUAAUAAUUGGAAGCAUGCUAUUUCUACUUUUAGAGAUCAUGAAGGAAAUGUUACUAGCAUUCAUAAUUUUGCAUUCGAUAAAUUGGAAUUGUUCAAGAAUCCACGACAAAGUGUCACACAAAUGAUCUCACAACAUAGUUCAGACAUGGAAGUUGCUUAUCGUGUUAGAUUAACGGCGGUUCUAGAUAUUGUGCGAUUUUUGUUAAGACAAGGUUUAGCUUUUCGGGGGCAUGAUGAAUCUUCAAGUUCCAAAAACAAAGGUAACUUUUUGGAGUUACUCUAUUGGUAUGGUGCACGUGUUGAUAAGAUUGCCAAGACAUUGAAAGAAAAUGCUCCAGGGAAUAACCAAAUGACUGCUCCAAAAAUUCAAAAAGACUUGGCGCAUUCUUGUGCUGAAAAAGUGAGAUCACUUAUUAUUGAAGACAUUGGUGAUCGGAUUUUCUCACUUAUGGUUGAUGAAGCUAGAGACGUUUCAGUGAAGGAACAAAUGGCUAUUGUUUUGAGAUAUGUUGAUUCUCGUGGACAAGUGAUUGAGAGAUUUCUUUGUGUAGAGCAUGUGACAGACACUUCAUCCCACACUUUGAAAAAAGCCAUUGAUAAUUUGUUUGCAAAAUAUGGAUUGCCCCUAUCAAGGUUAAGAGGUCAAGGUUAUGAUGGAGCUUCUAAUAUGCGAGGAGAAUUUAAUGGUCUAAAGUCACUUAUAUUGAAGGAUAAUCCAUGUGCUUGA